UUCGCUAUGGUAACACCUAAUCUAAGACGCUGCUGCCAUCUGUAAAUAAAAUCUGAAAGCAAUAUAUUGAGAGAGAAAAAUAAGAUAGAUAAAAGCAAAAAAGUCCAAAAAGUUCAUUUUUAAUUAGAUUUUGCAGUUUUCUCUGCGUAAUCAAGCAAUUUUGUGUUACGGGAAUUGUUCUUGGGAGUGUGUGGAAGACUCUGGAGAUCUAAGAUGUUCGAGGAAGCUGACAAUUUUGCUGAUAUUUUCCGUGGCGGUCUGCCCUACUAUUUGCUACUCACCCUGCCAAUUCUCAUUAUUUGCUCUUCAAAUCCCGUUCUGGCUUCCAGUGAGUUCUCUGUGCAGCGGAUGGCACAAUUUGAUGUCCAUGGAACACCUUACGGUUGUAGGGCUUCAGCACUCAAUUUAGAAGCAAAAUCACUCUAUACAUGGUCUACAUCUAGGCACUGCGUAGUGACAAGAUUUCAAGAUUUGACUAUCGAUCAGUUCAGAGAGAUUCGUGCCAAGGCCGGUGGGCUUAUCAUACUUCUACCGGAAGAUCUUGGUAGCCUAACAAUAGAAGACAGGCAACAUAUCUUGCUUCUUGAGCAAGCAAUGAUGGCUCAGGAAGUAUCCAUUCCGGUAUAUUUUUCCACGUACAAUAAAAAACUAGAAGGGAUUAUCAGUGAUGUGACAGCAAAUGCCAAUGCAAAGCCUGGAGGACAGAGGGACUCUGCUUUGGCUGAGAUUAUGAAUUCCAUCUCAGCCAAUGGAUAUCAGAUUGUGGUAUCAGGAGCUAGUCAUUCGGCGGAUAAACAGAGCAAAAUUCCAAUAAUUCAGGGAGAACUGGCACCAGCUACGGCUAUGCAUAAAGCACCAGGAGAUGCCUCUCGGAAUACCGUCGAAAUCAAUCCAAAACUGCCAUUGAUCAUUGUUACUGCCCAUUUAGAUACCUUUGGACUGCUCAAUGAGCAUCUUGGGAAUCUCGAUGUGGCUGUUUUUCUUACCCUCAUGGACCUGUUCAGCAAAUUAUACAGCACAGUUUCCACAGCACCAAAGUAUAGACUUCUGUUUCUGCUGUCAGAAUCUGGGAGUCUUCUCAAUUUUCAAGGCAUGAAGAAGUGGCUGGAUUCAAAUGCCGAAGAAAAUGUUCAGAUUCAGAAUGCAGAAUUUGUUCUCUGUCUCGACUCAAUUGGACAGACAGAUUUGUCUACACUCUUUAUGCACGUGUCCAAACCACCAAAGGAGGGAACUCAUAUGAAUAACUUCUACAAGCAACUCAAAGUGGCUAGUCAGAGAUUUGGGAAUGUGACUGUGGAAGGUGUUCACAAGAAAAUCAAUUUAGCUGAUCUCAUUUUAGCUUGGGAACAUGAAAGGUUCAGCAUGAAGCGGAUGCCGGCCUUUACAUUGUCUAAUCUUAAGAGUCACAAAGAUCCUUUGCGAACGACAAUUUUUACGGACUUCAGUCCAUCUAGUCUAGAAGUACUGGAGAUAUAUACAAAGAUUCUCGCUGAAUCACUAGCCAGUUAUAUCUACAAUCUCAAUGACGCGGAAAUAUUCACGGGUUCAAUGGCUGUGACACAGAAUUCUCUGAAGCCCUGGUUAAGUGUUAAGUCCACCCUUCAGAAUAAUGACCUAAAAAGUGCGUUUCACAAGUACCUCAAAAACGUUAAAAUAACCUACGAGAAACCAGAUGCGCGAGAACCAGACUUUAUGCUGUACGAAGGGCAAGAAGGUCUUCUCAACAUUUAUAGUGUCAAACCAGCAGUGUUUGAUUUGUUCCUUACUUUCCUGAUAGCUGCCUAUUUAGGUGCCAUUUAUUGCAUCAUAAUCUACUUUCCAAUACUCUAUGGCAUCAUAUGUAAGUGGAAUACUGGCAAAGUUAAAGUUAAUUGAGAGAUACUGAGUUUAUCGUAUCUUCUCAAAAGAAGUAAAAAAAAAGAAGGAAUCCGUAAAGCCAAUUGAUUAGUUCCAAUUCAGGUGUUUGGAAGACCCGCCAAUUUUCACAACAACAUAUUUAGAUUUAAUUUCCCAUUGGAAUGUGGAUGUUUAAAAAAAAAUCACCUUAAAGUCACCAUCAGGCAUUCUCACAAUAAAUUUUACCCAAUUUAGUUGGAGAGUUGAAAAA